AAGAAAUAGAAGUAGUUCUGCCCGCAAUCGAAGUAGAAGUAUCGAGUGAAGAAGUGGUUGAGGACGAGAAUAACGGUUAACGGAUAGCGCCAAUUGAGAGAUUUCGAAAAAUCGUUCAACUGCUUUGUUUCCUGUUGAAAAUGAAGACUUCAAUGGACAGGAAAUAUCGCUCACAAAAUACAAACGUGUUCGCUGAACUGGAUGCCGAAACUGUAACCAGCGUGGAUUGUGAUGGGAUGAUUUUUGAUCCAACCAACUUUAAGGCCGUGCGAGAGGUACAGUUAAGUCAGGAAGCCAUUCACAUUCUCUCUCUGAGUCCUGGAUCAAGAACGGAAGAACAACUUCAAACUGCCUUAGUAGCGCUGAAAACUAGUGUUGCUGCCUUCGGCGAAUAUCCAUUGAAAAUGCAGCGACGGUUGGUGUCUGCUGGCUGGUAUGAAAGAUUUGAAGCAAAGAGAGUCAUAAUUCGCCAAGGCCACACAGCGGAAAACUUCUACUUCAUUCUGUCUGGGACAGCACUCGUUACGCUAUUAGUCAACGAUGCGAAAACAAGAGAACAGAGAAACACAACAGUUGCAGUUCUGGGGAAAGGAAGCAGCUUGGGAGAAUUGGCCCUACUUCACCACAAAACCCGGAGUGCGACAGUUUUAUGCAAGGAUGAAGUUUCUCUCUUAGCGGUUUGCAGAGAGGAUUUUCGUGAUAUUUUUAUGAGUUACGAGGACGGCAGAGAACCAGAACACAUCCGAUUUUUAAGGGGCGUCCCGUAUUUGAAGGAUCUUCCACUCGACGACUUAACGACCAAACAUGACGUGUGCAUAUUUCAUUACUUUCGGCGUGGAGUGGUUAUAGUCAACGAAAGUAAGACGAAAUGGAUAUACGUUGUAAAAACGGGAUCUUGCCGAGUCCUAACUCAUUUGUGCAAAAAGACAGCAAAGUUAAAGCGGUCAGCUGGCAGUCCAGAGAAACCGAACGCAGUCCUUCCUGUGAUACCUGUGGAUGAGGUAGACAGGAGAAAAGCGCUAUACACAGCUGCCGGUGAUCGUAUCCGAUCUAUCUUGUGGUCACCAGAAAUUAAACGGCCGAAGACUGAACCUUCCUUAUCCUCGAAGAACAACAACGACUUAACACUUCCGGCCUUGGUUGGUGAACCGGAAAAGUUCAAGAAAACAGCUAAGAACGUGACGUGGAUGGGACGUCUGAGUGUAUUAUCUCGAGAUGUCAGAGAUGGCGAAGAACAUCGGGAGAAAAUUGAACGACUUCACAGAAAGAUCAGCAACGCAGAAAAACCUCGAAAUAAAACUCCAUCAAAUAACAAAAGACAGAUUGAGACACCGGAGGCGGACUCCAAGAACGAGCAAGUGGUGGUGCAGAUAGAGUUACUUAAACCAAAGGAUCAGUUCGGUCUUUCGGUGCUACUUUUCGAUAAUCCCGCAGUCAAAUGCCAUUUGGUUAGUAAUGGAGCAGAAUGUGUUUUGAUAAAGAAAAGUUGGUUCUUGCAGCAUGCCACCGAAGCAACACUACGGAAACUCAGAAACCAGAUUCCUCCAUACCCAAGUCAGGCCACUCUGGAACAGAAAAUGCAGGAUCAGGCCAACUGGGACUCGUUUAAAACACAAACAAUCAAUUCACUUCUAAAUACACUUCAUUUAUAAUACAUUCUCAAGCGCUUCAGAAUUAUUUUCAGGUAUAAUUUGGCCAUCAUACUCAAAUCAAGGAUCAAAAGAACCAGUUGGUGGCCAAUACUAUUAGAUGAUAUGGUAAAGAACUGAUUUGCUUUUUUUAAGUCCACUCAACAUUUUUUUUCCUUGCGCUGGAUCAAACCAGACAAUCCAGAGAGAACAGAUGGGCCCAUCUUGCCCGCUCGGGUAGCCAAUCAGAACACAGGAUUUGACCAUAUUAAACAAUAUGAUUUCCAUCAAACUACGGAAAACAAAUGUGUGACCAAGUCGAGAUUGAUCACAUGUGAUCCUAUCAUAGAAAAAUUGUGAAAGACAAAUCAUGCUUAAACAUUUUUCGAGUUGUAAUAGAAAUGAAAAUAUCUAUUUAAACUUACUAACCGGGUCUGGACUACAAAAUUGCACUCUGUACCUUUAAUCUACUCGGUCAAUUAGGAAUGAGAUCGUUUCUGAGUGUGUGAUGACCCAAGAGCGACAUUGGAUGAAUAUCAGUAUUUGAGAAACUGCGCACCUACCCCUCCCCUAAUCAAACAAUAGCCAAUUGAUAACAAGUUAGGGCUCAUGUUGAGUCGGGGGAGGGGUAAGUACGCAGUUGCACAGGUACCGACGUUAAUUGACCCGUAAUAUUUCCUAAACGACAAAGAUAAGGGGAAAUAAAAUAAGCGAAAAAAUUCGAGAAGGUUAAAUGCAUUAGAAAAAACAAAACAAAACGAAUCGGAAAUUAGAUGCUUAUGAUGUGUAGUACUUUGCAUGUCGAUUUUAUAAAUAAAAAAAACUUAGUGUAUUUAAAUGAAUCCUUAAGAGAAGAGGGCUUUGUUCUAUUUAUUUUUUUAAUUAUUAAAUGUUAUAGGUACCCUCAAUACCUAUGCUCAUAUCUAUGUAUUUAAAGAAAAUAAAAGAAUUGUUUUCAAGGUC